UGGCAAUUGAUUGCCAGAGCUCACGCGAGUCGAUGAAAAAAGACCCUCGACCUGGUUGCCAACAUCAUCAUCCUUCUAAUAUUCUUUCCUUUCUCCUCCAUGUCUUAAGCCAAGAUGAAAUUCUACGAAAGUUCCUUCAAUUACGACUAUACAUUCCCUGCCGUGACCCUCGCAUAUUUCCUCCGGUAUCCGAAUCCUUACUCAAGGCAUGUCCUGAGCUCCGAUGUCAUUGAUCGCUAUGUCGAUCCGGAGACACAGCGAUUGCAUACUGUUCGAUUGCACCUGAAAAAGUCGAAAGUCCCUGCGGGCAUCUUGAAAUUCCUUCCACGUGGUCUCGCUGGACCCGGCGGCGCAAGUCAGAGUUACAUUCUUGAAAAAACCACAAUUGACGUUAAAGAGGGAUGGAUGGAGACCGAGUCCAAAAACAUGGAAUGGACCGGCAUACUGAGUGUCGUGGAACGUCAGAGCUUUCGACGUCAACGUUUGGUUGAUCUAGCAGAGGGCUCGAACAACGAUCUCGAACGUGCGAAAGAAACCACCUCAUGCAGGACCGUGGUGACGUUUGUCUCUCAUCUCGGUCAAGGCAAGCUUCUCAGCUGGAGACACAAAGACAAUCAUCAUGGAACACAAGAGGAAGAUGCGCCGAAACAAGGUUUCUUCGCCUCGCUGUCCACAUCAGGCAUUCAACGCACAGUUGAACUCAUUGGAGUUAAAAGGACGAAGUCGGCCCUUGUCAAUGGAAAGGAAGGAAUGAAUGUGGUGUUGGAGCGGCUCCGAAGCGGUGGGAUUGUGGGUGUCUUGGAGGGCAUGAGACGAGAUCGCUUGGAAACUGUCGCUGGAGAGGCACACUGAUGACCACUCCUCUGAUCAUGCACAAGGCAUGAUCGAGCAGCCUCGGUCAUAUUGUCUUGAUGUGUAUUACUAAUUUAGUUGUGAUUUAAGCAAGGCGCUGGGGUUUUGAUUGUGAGCGCUCUGCUUGUUUACGGCACGAAAAAUGUAUCCUAUUGCAGUGCUAUGUAGGUUGGUUGGUAGCUAUGGUAUGAAGGAAGCUAUGUCCACUCACACCGACCAUGUCUGCAACACCUGUCUGACCCAAUAAACACGAACGUCUCUGGCGGUGCAGGGUGAUCGCCUCUGUCCUCAAAUGCUAACAGAGCUUCGGCUCGCCCAGCGACCUCAGAGCACUUCUUCAUACGAAGGUGGAGGAUUAUCUCACAUUUAGCGAGUGGAUGUGAGGUCGGGGCGAUGAGUGCGAGUCACUGGUACCAUAGUAGGUAUAUCACGCUCUCCUUUCCCUCCUUAACAACCGAAAAUCUUCACCACAAGAUGAUUGAAAUUG